UGGAAAGCUGUUUAGGAGAUGAUGGAACUAUUCUGAGGUUUUCCGUGCAAUUUCAAGUUAGCAGAGUUUUUAAACAAAUUGGAUUUCAAUGUUUUGGAGAAUUUCGGAUAUUUAUUAUUAGUGCGCCAUUAUUCCCCGGUCUUCUGUAACUAUAGUGAUCAAGACCCAUCUGCAGAACGCUUUACUAGAUGUGUGAAGGCAUCGAUGCAAUAAUCAGCAGAAAUUAAACGGAUGUUACUACACACCCGAAGGCUCAGAAUUUCGGUCUUCUGCGGUUUUACGCUCUGUAUCUCUAGCUCUCGCGCUAAACAAAUCUGCGUUGAAAGAGGCAGUGUCAAUCUUCCGUUGGCAGCUUUGGGACGUUUACGAACUUACGUUUUCUACCCCUAAAUCCAGGAUAGAAGUAUUAGACAGAAGAGGAUUGCCACUUUUCUGUUCUGCAAGUCAAGAUUUUCUUUUGAAAAGAAAAAAAUGUCAAAUGCAGCAAACGCUACAAAUCUUUUCUGUGGCGCAGAUACCUCCACAUUGUCUCUGGUAGCUCAAGUGUCAUUGUAUGUUAUAGUAAUGCUGGUAUCAUUGAUCGGGAACUCCCUUGUUUUCGCCGUCGUUUUGAAGAACCGCAGAAUGCGAACGCCGGUAAAUUUCUUUGUCAUUAACAUGGCUGCUGCGGACAUUCUCAUAACGGUCUUCUACAUGCCCAGGAUGAUUUCACGCAUUUUUCUCGGCUCUGAAUGGGGAAUAAGCGGCGGCCUCGGACAUUUUCUUUGCAAAAUUGCUCCGAUAACCCAAGAACUUUCUGCAUCAGUUUCUGUCUUAACUCUCAUUGUGAUGGCUGUGGAUCGGUUCUUUGCUGUUUUGUUUCCUUUAAAACGAAUCAUCACUAACCUGGUCGCGAAGGCGUCUAUCGCGUUGGUGUGGAUAAUCGCCGCGGCCGUCCGCUCGCCGAUGUUCUACGCUUUACGCCUCACGCAAAGGGAGGACGGCAAAACGUUCUGUGUACUUCAAAUGGAAUCUCAAACGGCGUCGGAUUUUUACUCAAAGUUCGCAUUUGUUCUGUUCUAUGUAAUCCCCUUGUUUGUUCUUACUGUACUUUACAGCGCUAUACUGGUGACUCUCAAGAAGCAGAAGCUCGUGGGAGAAGAUUUAACAAAUACACAGAAAAGAUACAAGAAUCGUUUGAAACGAACACGGAAAGUGAUGAACAUGGUGUUUACUAUCGUGUUUGUUUUUGCAUUUGGCUGGUGCCUUCACUUCUUCUUUCCGAUCCUUUCAAAUCGUUACGGUUUAAAGGUGUGCAAGUUAGUGUUUCCAGCUUUCUUUUUGGGGCAUGCCACUAGUGCAAUUAAUCCCUGCAUCUACCUGAUUUUUAUAGAAAAUUAUCGGCGCGGCUUCCGCGAGAUUUUAAAUCCUCUUUGUCUAACGUGCUUUAACCGAGUGAUUCUGAACUCAAGAGUUGGGACACAGGAUUGUACCGAUUUUACUGUGAGACGCAGGGAAAGUCACAAUGAGAGUCUCACUCUAGGUACACUGGAUUGUGAACGCACAGUAAGGUCAAGAACGGUCCAAGUUCUUCCAGCAUCCACUUCUUAGCUUGACAGAGCAACACUUCUAUGGCCAGUUGCUUAAACAGAGUUAGGCUGUUUAUCUCUUAAAACUACACGAUAGCUAGAUCGGAUUUAGCCAAGGAUCGUAGCUAAACAAUAGUUUUGUUAACAGGGUAAAAAAAAAAAAAAAAAAAGCCUGUGCACUGGAGAAACCUCUGUUUUCCCCAAUUAUGAUCAAGAAAUUUCCAAGUUCCACACUUGUCUGAACCGUCUCCCAAGUUGGAAUUCGUUCCAGUAACCUGCUCUUAUUACUCUACCUUGAG